AUGCUGAGUCCGUUGUCCAUCGGCAAUUUUGGUGGAGGCAGAGUCCCCUUGUUGUUUCCAAACAAUAAAAAGUCGCUGGACCAAAAAAUCUCCUCCACCAGCAGGUCCACCACCACCUCCUCCUCCUGUGUUUGCUCAAUUUCAAAUAAUUAUUACCACAAUAAGAGGAUUGGGAUGGCGACGGGCAAUAAGUUGAGGCAUGUGGAGUCAUUGCAGGAGAUGCCAUCAGGAGCCGGCAAGAUUUCUUGCCUCAACGCUGUUAUAUUAGGAGAAGCUCUUGCUUCUGAGGAGAACGAUCUUGUCUUUCCUAGCGAUGAUUUUGCUCGUCAAGCUCACGUUUCCUCUCCUCAACAGUACUUGGAGAUGUACAAAAGGUCUGUGGAAGAUCCGGCUGGUUUUUGGUCUGAUAUUGCUUCUGAGUUCUAUUGGAAACAGAAAUGGGAUCAACCUGUUUGCUCUGAGAAUUUUGACUUUCGUAAAGGCAAUAUCAGUAUUCAGUGGUUCAAGGGAGGCUUGACCAACAUUUGCUACAAUUGCUUGGACAGAAAUAUUGAAUCUGGAAAUGCUGAUAAGAUUGCCAUUUAUUGGGAAGGCAAUGACCUUGGUGUUGAGGACAGUUUAACCUACGCCCAGCUCCUCGACAGAGUUUGUCAGCUAGCAAAUUACUUGAAAGCUAUUGGUGUAAAAAAGGGUGAUGCUGUUGUUAUUUAUUUACCAAUGCUCAUGGAACUCCCCAUUGCCAUGCUCGCUUGUGCCCGUAUUGGUGCUGUUCACUCGGUUGUAUUUGCAGGAUUUUCCUCAGAAUCUCUUGCCCAGAGAAUCUUAGACUGCAAACCAAAAGUUGUGAUUACUUGUAAUGCUGUCAAAAGAGGUGCUAAAGCUAUACACCUUAAAGACAUUGUUGAUGCUGCCCUCGUUGACUCUGCAAAAAAUGGAAUAUCCGAUUUUGUUCCCAAAUACCCUCCUACUUGUGAAGUGGAGUGGGUUGAUGCAGAGGAUCCCCUUUUUCUGCUAUAUACUAGUGGAAGCACAGGAAAGCCAAAGGGAGUUCUUCAUACAACGGGAGGAUACAUGGUUUACACUGCAACAACAUUCAAAUAUGCUUUUGAUUACAAACCAUCUGACAUAUACUGGUGCACAGCUGAUUGUGGUUGGAUCACCGGGCAUAGCUAUGUGACUUAUGGACCUUUGCUUAAUGGAGCAUCUGUUGUUGUAUUCGAAGGGGCUCCAACUUAUCCUGAUGCUGGACGAUGUUGGGAUAUCGUUGACAAAUUUAAGGUUACAAUAUUCUACACUGCACCUACACUUUAUGUUACUCGCUAUUCACGUAAGUCCUUACGUGUCCUUGGAAGUGUAGGCGAGCCUAUUAACCCAAGUGCAUGGAGGUGGUUUUUCAAUGUAGUUGGAAACUCAAGGUGCCCUAUAUCUGACACUUGGUGGCAAACUGAAACUGGUGGUUUCAUGAUUACUCCACUACCAGGUGCCUGGCCACUGAAGCCUGGUUCUGCUACUUUCCCUUUCUUUGGUGUUCAGCCUGUCAUUGUUGAUGAGAAGGGUGUUGAGAUUGAAGGAGAGUGCAGUGGGUAUUUGUGUGUAAAAAGUUCAUGGCCUGGUGCAUUCCGAACUCUUUAUGGGGAUCAUGAACGAUAUGAAACCACAUACUUCAAGCCGUUUGCUGGCUAUUAUUUUACUGGUGAUGGCUGUAGUAGGUCUAAUGGCCAAAAGAUUGCUGAUGGCUUACAUCCAUGUUUCAGGGACAAGGAUGGAUACCACUGGCUAACUGGAAGAGUUGAUGAUGUCAUCAAUGUGAGUGGUCAUCGUAUUGGAACUGCUGAAGUUGAAUCUGCUCUUGUUUCACAUCCAAAAUGUGCAGAAGCUGCUGUGGUUGGUGUUGAGCACGAGGUUAAAGGGCAGGGAAUUUAUGCCUUCAUCACCCUCGUGGAGGGUGAACCUUACAGCGAAGAACUUCGGAAAAGUCUUAUACUCACAGUGCGGAAGCAGAUAGGAGCAUUUGCAGCACCUGACAAAAUUCACUGGGCGCCUGGCCUUCCAAAGACAAGGAGUGGAAAGAUAAUGAGGAGAAUUUUGAGGAAAAUUGCUUCCAGGCAGUUAGAUGAACUCGGCGACACUAGCACACUUGCAGAGCCACAUGUGGUGGAACAACUUAUAGAACUAGCUGAUCGCUGA